AUGACUGUCGCAGUUCAUCAGCCCCUCGGGGCUCUUCACUUAGGGAAUGAUGCCGUGAGAACUGACAACAUCAAGUUGAAGUCAACUGGAGGACCAAUCCCAGACGCCAUCGGACCGCUUCAGUCGUUCUCGAAGGACACUCCCAUGGAUGAACUGCGUGCAUUCUACGACAAAGCUGGAUAUAUCUGGAUCAAAGGACUCAUUCCUGCCGAGGAUGUCUGGAAGUGCCGCGAAUCGUAUUUCGACUACCUCUCCAAUACCGGGCUGCUCAAACAAGGCACAGCUCCUCGAGAUGGUAUCUACUGCGGUGGGGACUGGAAGAUGUGGAUCGCGCCUGGCAAGCUGCGACGCAAGUUUGCGCAGGUCCAAGACACCGAGUACACACGAAAGAUGGUGGCGGCGCACACAGCGCCCUGGUAUCGCGAAUUCUGCGAACACCCAGCAAUGAAGGCCUUCAUUGAACGGUUCUCUGGAUGGGCGGAUGCUUCUCUUCUCGAGCGUUCGUUGCUGCGUCCCAACAUUCCGGGAGGAGAGAUCACCCAGGUGCACUAUGACCAGAUAUUCCUCCGGGCUGGGCCCCCGACCUCUCUCACCGCCUGGGUGCCUAUUGGAGACUGUCCCAUGGAAGGAGGAGGCCUUUUGUACCUGGAGAACUCAGUCCCACUGGGUCAAAAGCUAGAAGCAGAGUUCAAUGCCGCCGCGGCAGAAUUGACUGCUGAGGAGAGGAUUUCCGCAUUCAACAGGACUAUGAUGGACACUGGAUACUUGGAAAAGGACGCCGGAAGGUUUUCCAGACUGUGGCAACGACGGUGGCUAGCUGCAGACUAUGAGGCUGGCGAUGUGGUGAUUCACAACCCCUACAUGAUUCACUGCAGUGCGCUCAACGAACAUCCCGCUGGAAUCAUCAGGCUAGCAACCGAUCUGAGGUAUUUUGAGACCGGAAUGCCGCACGACACACGAUGGCAAAAGGUGUGGACACCCGAUGAUGGACUCUGA